GAUUAGCAUUGGAUUUGUAAAACCACAUCCCGCAACUCCAUUUUUAUUUAUCGUCUCGCCUGUACAUUCCCAUACGUACUUUCAAUUUCAUGUUCAUUAUUCUCCUUCCCCUUUUCAUUUCUUUCAUAUUCAACUCACAAAAGAUUAUUAAUCGCAAAAAAUAUAUUCUUUUCUUAAUUUUCAUACAUUCAACUCACAACAAAAAAACGGAAACAAAAGUAUCAAAAGUCCGAAGUCCGAAAUCAGAAGUCCGAAGUCCGAAGUCGGAAGCGCCGAAAUCGGAAGGCCCUUCUCGGCCAUCGUACGAAAAUGCUCGCUGAAAUCGUUGUUUUUCUAGCUUUCCUGGUGGAAAACUGCUCUGGAGUAUUUAUAGUCAGAGCGUAUGGUGCAAACAACGGAGAACGAGCUCAUUCUCAGCAAGAAGAUCCUUUGAUCGAACUACAAGACUUUACUGAGUUCGACCAAGACGAUCAUGUAUUCCAAGAGUUCSAUCCACCAGACGGUCACGAGGCAGAUCCUAAAGCUUGGAGAAUGAGCUUACCGUCUUGGAAAAGAUCACUUAAGGAAUGUUUGAAGAACAUCAUCAUGAUACAAACCGUGACAGGAAGUUUGAUUGGGUUGAUUGGAGUUGGGUUUGCGAUUUGCCACUUCACCUUUGCAGACUGGUGUUUCACUAUGAACAGCCAAUGGAAUAAGAUGCCAAUAAAGGUUCAAAGACUUCGAGUUACCACCCAGGCCCUGCAWGGAGCAGUAAUUGAGAUGUGGGAUUUUGCAACAAUUUCGUGCGUGUUUCCWCUUUCACUUAUCAAAGAACUCCAUUUGUUGACCUUGAACGUGUUGGCAGCCUUCGUCGAUAUGACUUACAGAAUUUACCUGCAAAUGAUUGGAAUGUACGGYGUUUCCUGGAGAUCCUUUCCUCUUAAYGGUCUAUUUACUACUGUCUUAAUUGUCAAUMACUACCUGUUAGCUCGUAAAUUCUACCCAGUAUCCUUAAAAAACACCUUGAAACUAGACUUYAUUCUCUCUGCACAGUUCAUCCUUGGAUUGCCUGCCGCGUUACUAGUUGUCUAUGGAUUGCUUCCCUGGUAUAUCAAGCAAAAUGGACAUGUCAAAGUCAUCAUUGCUUCARUGUCUCCRUUGCUCACUGCUAUCCCCAAAGUAGUWRSUCGACUUGGUGCUCAGACCCUUCAUGGGAUCGUCCAUCCUGGAACAGGUUUUGUAUUUGUGUCUGCACUUUACGCAGGCUCAGCCGUUGUAYUUAGAGUAAUGCAGUCCGAUAUUACUGAAUUCCGCCUGUUUGUUCUACUUGGGAUCGCUCACGCUGCUAUAGACCUCGUUGAACGGAUAACUGUGACAAUGAGAGAUCAGAUCUGGGAUUACUUGUAUCGCUUGGUGCGACGACGAAGACGUCCUACACCGAAAUACGUCAGUCUUCGAAGUCGACGGUUUGUUGCAGACCUUACGAUUCAAAUCAUGCUACAGGAAGCUAGUGGAUUAGUUUGUUCGUUAGGGUUUAUGAAUGUUUAUCAAAUCCUAUAUAGUCACGAGAAACCUUUCAUCGAUAUUGAUGUCGUAGUGGGCUUUUUCAAGCGCGUUGUUUUUGGUCUUUUAAUAGAUUUAGUUUUCAAUACAAUUUCGCUUUUGAUUCAGACKAGAGUCAUGAAUAUAGCCGUGGGUCGGGUGUGGAAAAGAAAAUGGCGGUACCACAUUAUAGUUAAUAUUCUUCUUGUAUCGAUUACUGUGGUGUAUUCUAGUGGUUAUCUGUUGAAAGUUGUACAAAAUAAGUAUAGUGACAUACACCUCAAGCAGAACUGUUCGUAUCCAGAUUUUCUGUAGACAAGAAGCAACAUCGCUCUAUAAUUUUGUAAUAGGUUCACGGCUCUUUGAAGUAUUUAGUUGGCGGAUUCAGGGGAUUCGAAAGUGUACGGGGUGUAAUCCUCACCACGAGUUGACUUUGUAUUCGAUAUUUUAUAAAACUAAUUAAUGAUUCUUUUCCUGUUAAUACAAUCACAAGAGUCAUUUAUUUGGUCUGGGUAGUUAUAAUAUGGUUGUACGAUACCAAUAAGUUGUAUGAUGUGCACAAAUAAAUUGUUCUUGUAAAAA